GGCGCCGCGCCGUGGGCGCUCCCGGGGCGGGGCCUGCGCGCCUGGCUCGGCGCGUGCGGAAGCGGCUGCGGAGUCGGCGGUCGCACAGCCUGGGCUCGGCUCGCGGCUCCGGCGCCAUGAUCAUCCCCGUGCGCUGCUUCACCUGCGGCAAGAUCGUGGGCAACAAGUGGGAGGCCUACCUGGGGCUCCUGCAAGCCGAGUACACCGAGGGGGACGCCCUGGAUGCGCUGGGCCUGAAGCGCUACUGUUGCCGCCGAAUGCUGCUGGCCCACGUGGACCUCAUUGAGAAGCUGCUCAACUAUGCGCCUCUAGAGAAGUGACUGCUGACCACCGCUGGCGGGCCUCGCCCUCUGAGUUGGGGGCUUGGAGCAGGGCCAGACCAUGGCCCGGAAGUGACCGUGCACGUUGCCUGAGCUGAUGAAACCCUGUGAGAUUGCAGGGGGUGGGCUCGGAGUGAGGUCUGACCUGUCUCAAGGAGGAGCCAUCCAAUAAAGCUCUUUGCUGAACCACCAA